CUGCCGGGUUAUCCUAGCUGCUGUCUGCCGUUCACCAGAGCAGCUUGGGUGUGUGUGUUAUUGUCCUAAAUAGGCCAAUUAAUCACAUUAGAUCGAGUGGAGACCGUCCUUCGAUGGGAAUCGGCCCCAGGAUGAUUCCCAGCGAGGAUGCGGCCGUGAGGAAGCGGGAGAUCGAGGAGAAACUGAAGCAGGAACAAGAGACGCUGUCGUUCAUCCGAGAAAAUAUGGAGAAAAGCGACCAGUUGACCAAAGGCAUGGUUUCCAUCCUCUCUUCAUUCGAAAGUCGGCUGAUGCAGCUGGAGAACUCCAUCAUCCCGGUCCACAAGCAGACGGAGAACCUGCAGCGGCUGCAGGAGAACGUGGACAAAACUCUGUCUUGUAUGGACCACGUCAUCAGUUACUACCACGUGGCCAAAGACACGGACAGGAUCAUUCGAGAGGGACCUACUGGAAGACUGGAUGAGUAUCUUGCUUGUAUCGCAAAGAUUCAGAAAGCUGUGGAAUACUUUCAAGACAACAACCCUGACAGCCCUGAACUCAACACCGUGAAAGCUCGCUUUGAGAAGGGGAAAGAGCUGCUGGAGGCCGAGUUUCGCAGCCUCCUAACCCGCUACAGUAAACCCGUUCCCCCCAUCCUCAUCCUGGAUGCCAUCGGUACUGAUGAGGAGCUGGAGGCGGAUGACAUAGUCCUUGAACACCUGCCUGAGGCCGUGCUGCAGGACAUCAUCUGCAUCGCUGGCUGGCUGGUGGAAUACGGACGUAAUCAGGAUUUUAUGAAUGUGUACUACCAGAUCAGGUCCAACCAGUUGGAUCGCUCUAUCAAAGGCCUGAAGGAACAUUUCCGCAAGAACAGUGCCUCUUCCGGGAUCCUCUACUCACCUGCCGUUCAAACCAAACGCAAAGAUACGCCCACUAAAAAAGCUCCCAAGAGACCAGUCUACAUCCCAGGGACCAUUCGCAAGGCUCAGAACCUUCUGAAACAGUACUCACAGCAUGGGCUGGAUGGGAAAAAGGGGGGCUCUAACCUCACUCCUUUGGAAGGGAAGGAUGAUGUCCUGGACAUUGAGAUUGAUUCAUAUAUCCACUGUAUCAGCGCCUUCGUCAAGCUGGCCCAGAGCGAGUAUGCCCUCCUGACAGAAAUCAUCCCCGAACACCACCAGAAGAAAACUUUUGACUCCCUCAUUCAGGAAGCACUAGACAACCUGAUGCUGGAGGGAGACAACAUCGUGUCUGCAGCUCGUAGGGCCAUAAUGCGACAUGACUACUCAGCCGUCCUCACCAUCUUCCCUAUCCUCAGGCACCUGAAAAUGAACAAAUCAGAGUUUGACGCGACGCUUCAGGGCACAGCUGCAGGCACCAAGAACAAGCUGCCUGCACUGAUCACCUCCAUGGAGACGAUUGGGGCCAAAGCUCUGGAGGAGUUUGCAGACAGCAUCAAGAACGAUCCUGAUAAAGAGUACAACAUGCCCAAAGAUGGAACAGUCCAUGAACUAACCAGUAAUGCCAUCCUGUUCCUGCAGCAGUUGCUGGACUUCCACGAGACAGCAGGAGCCAUGCUAGCUUCACAAGUACUGGGGGACACUUACAAUAUACCUUUAGACCCCCGAGAGACAAGUUCAGCGAGCAGCUACACAUCUGAGUUCAGCAAACGUCUCCUCAGCACAUACAUAUGUAAAGUUUUAGGAAACCUGCAGUUAAACCUGCUCAGUAAAUCCAAGGUUUACGAGGAUACAGCUUUGAGCGCCAUCUUCCUGCACAACAACUACAACUACAUCCUGAAGUCUCUUGAGAAGUCCGAGCUGAUCCAGCUGGUCACAGUGACUCAGAAGAGAGCUGAGACUUCAUACAGAGAGCUUAUAGAGCAGCAGAUCGACACCUACCAGCGCAGCUGGCUGAAAGUUACGGAGCAUCUGACGGACCGGAACAUGCCUAUUCUCCAGCCUGGCACCAAGCUUAAAGAUAAAGAGCGACAAGUGAUUAAAGACAAAUUCAAGGGUUUUAAUGACGGCUUGGAGGAGCUCGGUAAGAUCCAGAAGGGUUGGGCCAUCCCGGACAAAGAGCAGCGAGACUUCAUCCGGCAUGCUCAGAAGAAAGUGGUGUCUGAUGCUUACAGAGCCUUCCUGCACAGAUGCGCCAACAUUUCCUUCACUAAGAACCCUGAAAAGUAUCACAAGUAUCGGCCGGAGGAAGUGGAAGAGAUGAUCGAGAAGCUGUUUGACACGUCCGCCUGAACUGCAUCAUGAUGUGGCCCGAGUCCUCGUGCUGAGGCAGAGGAAACAUGCUUGCUACCCAGCACCGCUACUUUUGUGUCUGAGAAAUUUUGUACAAAGACUGAAACAUGUUGUGUUUAUAUAAUUAGCCCCUUCCUCUUUCAGAUGAUAAAUAAACCAGUAAGCCACUCUGA